AUGCCUACUUCCAUCGAAACUACCGUCAGCACGCAGACUAAGAUUCGCCCUACCGUCCGGCUCGCCGCUGUUGACGGGGAUGCCGAAAAGCAGCCCGAUUGGCUGGUCGAGCUUCACACAAAGGGCUGGACGGUUGUCCGCGGUGCCCUACCAAGGGACCGAGCACUAGCCUAUGCCGGCAAGGCCUACGAAUGGCUUGAAAGCUGGGACCUGGGGUUCGACCGCAAGGACCCGUCGACCCGCAAGGCAGCGAACCUUCCCUGGCACACUCACGGGGGGCUUUACAGCAGUAACUGCUCAGACGGCGUGAACCUUUCCUUACCCGAAAUGGAACGCCCCAAGACAGACCCUAUUUUCGCGCCGUGGGCGCAUGUCGACCAGUCUCCCUUUAACAGCAAGUUCGACACCGUCCAAGGAAUUGUGAAUUUGCUCCCCAAUGGGCCCGAGGAUGGCGGGUUGAUGGUGUUUGAAGGGUCAAGCGCUUGCUAUACUGAGUUGUGGCAACACUUUGACCACAAGAAGGGUGAAAAGGGAUGGAGCACGUGGGCCUAUCAAAGUGUUGAUGAGGAUAUGUGCCAGUGGCUUGAGGCUAGGGGAUGCAAAUGGACCAAGGUGUGCGCAGAGCCUGGCGAUCUGCUACUCUGGGACUCGCGCACGAUCCAUUACGGCGCUGCUCCUUCUUCGGUCAAUGACCGCUUCGCUGCCUAUGUCUGCUACAAGCCGGCCGCCGCUAUCUCAGAGGAGGCGAGAAGUGUGCGCCUGCAGGCGUUCGAAACGAAGCAGAAUACAACACAUGAUCCGGCUGAUUUUCGAGUCAGGGAGUACCUGCCACCGACAGAUCAUCCUACCUACGAAGCGGCCAUCAAGAGGCCGUUACACAGCCCGGUGCUUUCGAAGCGAGCGAGGGAACUGAUUGGGCUGGAUCUAUACUGA